UAAAGAGCGAUAUUUUAUUCGUUUAGAUCCGUAGGGAGGAUAUCUCAGAUUUCCCUCCUUUACACGUGGCUAAAUCGUAGCAAGUACAUUUGACGACGAUCCACUCUCACUCUCUCCCAUUCCCAGAAUCCGGUGGAACCUUUACGCUAUCGGAAAGCGCGCGGUGCCGAGACGAAGCAACUCACUCUUCAACGUAAUGGAUUCUUUGUUUGUGCCCUUGCAUCGCUCUGUUGCUUCAUCUUCUACGUGCUCGCGAAGCGAUCCUCGCAAGCAAUUCCACUUCCUUCGGAACCUUCCGAAUGUCUCUUUCUUGAGGUCCAGAGUUUCUCUACCUCUCCACGAUCCGGAUUUGAAGAAGGCGGAGGUUUCCGAACGCUCUUCUCGGAUCGUCUGUGCCGUUUCGUCUACUGAAACCAGAGAAGAGAAGACGAACAUGAGUUCUAAGUCAGGACGUGGGAAGGUGCGGCUUAAUCUUAGAUUGGAUCAUCAGGUUAAAUUUGGUGAGCAUGUAGUGAUUUUGGGAUCAGCGAAAGAAUUGGGAUCCUGGAAGAAGAAUGUUCCGAUGAAGUGGACAGAGAAGGGAUGGGUAUGUGAGUUCGAAUUGAAAGGGGGAGAAUCCAUUGAAUAUAAGUUCGUGAUUGUGAGUAAGGACAAGAGUAAGGUAUGGGAAGGUGGGGAUAACCGGGUCUUGAAGCUGCCCAUGGGAGGGAGUUUUAGAAUGGUUUGUAUAUGGAAUGCAACAGGGGAGUCUGUGAAUUUAUUGCCUUUGGGCUCGGGGGAAAAUGAGGAGAAUUAUGAUUUGGGUGACAAUGGGUCUGUGGUUACUGAUGCUGCUACUCAUUUGGAGGCGGGGACGAGUCCUUUUGUUGGGCAAUGGCAGGGGAAGGCUAUCUCUUUCAUGCAAUCGAAUGAGCAUCGAAACCGGGAAACAGAAAUAAAAUGGGACACUGCAGGUCUUGAAGGAUUGGCUCUGAAGUUUGUUGAAGGUGAUCGAAGUGCGAGGAAUUGGCGGAAAAAGCUUGAAGUUGUACGUGAGCUAUUAACGGAAAGUUUACAAAGUGAGGACCGGUUGGAGUUUCUCCUUUAUUCAGCCAUAUAUCUGAAGUGGAUAAACACAGGGCAAAUUCCUUGCUUUGAGGAUGGAGGUCAUCACCGGCCAAACAGGCAUGCUGAGAUUUCCGGGCUUAUAUUUCGUGAAUUGGAACGAAUUUCUUGUAGGAAAGACACUUCACUUCAGGAAGUGCUUGUUAUCCGCAAGAUUCAUCCGUGUCUGCCUUCUUUUAAGGCAGAAUUUACUGCAUCUGUUCCUCUAACUCGUAUUAGAGAUAUUGCUCAUCGGGGUGAUAUCCCUCAUGAUCUCAAGCAAGAAAUCAAGCAUACAAUACAAAACAAGCUUCACCGUAGUGCUGGCCCAGAAGAUUUAGUUGCUACGGAAGCCAUGCUUGCAAGAAUUACCAAGAACCCUGGGGAAUAUAGUGAAGCAUUUGUGGAGCAAUUCAAAAUUUUUCAUCAUGAACUCAAAGAUUUCUUCAAUGCUGGAAGCCUUACUGAGCAACUGGAAUCAAUCCGUGAAUCAAUGGAUGAGCAUGGCCAUUCUGCUCUGAGAUUGUUUUUGGAGUGCAAAAGGAGUUUGAAUGCUGUUGAAGAAUCAAGUAAUGCUUCAGAAAACAUAGACACUGGUCUGUUCAAAACCAUGCAAUCUUUGAAUGCUCUCAGAGAAAUAAUUGUGAAGGGUCUUGAAAGUGGCCUUAGAAAUGAUGCCCCUGAUGCUGCAAUUGCUAUGCGUCAAAAGUGGCGUCUAUGUGAGAUUGGGCUUGAGGACUAUUCAUUUGUUCUCUUAAGCAGAUUCGUCAAUGCGCUUGAAGCCAUGGGAGGGGCUCAUUGGCUGACAGAGAGUGUUGAAUCAAGGAAUAUAAGAAGCUCUUGGAAUGAUCCUCUUGGUGCGCUGGUUGUUGGCAUUCAUCAGUUAGGAUUAUCUGGUUGGAAGCCAGAAGAAUCUGCUGCUAUUGAAAAUGAACUCCUUGCAUGGCGAGAGAGAGGUCUCUCUGAAAGAGAAGGAAAUGAAGAUGGCAAGAUAAUCUGGGCGUUAAGGCUUAAAGCUACUCUUGAUAGAGCAAGGAGGUUAACUGAAGAAUACUCUGAAGCACUUCUUCAAAUAUUCCCUCAAAAAGUCCAGAUGCUAGGGAAAGCUUUCGGAAUCCCUGAGAACAGUGUAAGGACAUAUACUGAAGCUGAAAUCCGUGCUGGUGUAAUUUUUCAGGUUUCAAAACUCUGCACCCUUCUCUUAAAAGCUGUUAGAAACACACUUGGUUCUCAGGGUUGGGAUGUUCUUGUUCCUGGAGCUGCUCUGGGAACAUUAAUUCAGGUUGAAAGCAUUAUACCUGGUUCGUUACCAUCAUCAGUGGAAGGACCUAUUAUUCUUGUUGUCAGCAAAGCAAAUGGAGAUGAAGAGGUAACAGCUGCUGGGAGUAACAUAGUAGGAGUUGUACUUCUGCAAGAGCUGCCUCACUUAUCUCAUCUUGGCGUUAGGGCUCGCCAAGAGAAGGUUGUUUUUGUGACAUGUGAAGAUGAUGAUAAAGUUGCUGAUAUACAAAGACUUACUGGAAAAUAUGUUAGCUUGGAAGCAUCGUCGGCGGGUGUUAAUCUAAUUCCAGCUACAUCAAAUAAUAGCAUUAGCGAUUCUGCUGUGAAAUCUGUGUCUGGUGAUGGCUCAUCCAGAGUUACAGCCCCAGGACCUCUUGAUCCUUCCUUGUCUGCUGUUAAGGCCCCUUACUCCAAUCAGGGUGUUUUUGCUAGAGGAGUUAUACUGCUUGCUGAUGCGGAUGCACAGAAUUCAGGUGCAAAGGCUGCUGCUUGUGGUCGCUUAUCUUCUUUAUCAGCAGUUUCUAAUAAAGUCUACAGCGAUCAAGGGGUGCCAGCUUCAUUUUGUGUCCCUACAGGGGCAGUGAUACCAUUUGGCUCUAUGGAAUUGGCAUUAAAGCAAAGUAAAUCCAUGGAAACAUUUAGGUCUUUCCUAGAACAGAUAGAAACAGCUAAACUGGAAGGCGGUGAACUUGACAAACUAUCCUGUCAGCUACAGGAACUGGUCUCUUCCCUACAACCCCCAAAGGACGUCAUUGAUAGCAUAGGAAGAAUAUUCCCUGGCAAUUCCCGUUUGAUUGUUCGUUCAAGUGCCAAUGUUGAGGACUUGGCCGGAAUGUCAGCUGCUGGACUUUAUGAAUCAAUUCCCAAUGUCAGUCCUUCAAAUCCGACAGUUUUUGGAAAUGCUGUUAGCCGAGUAUGGGCUUCGUUGUACACUCGGAGAGCAAUUCUCAGCCGACGAGCUGCUGGUGUGCCUCAGAAUGAAGCUUCUAUGGCAAUUCUGGUGCAAGAAAUGCUUUCACCAGACCUAUCCUUUGUGCUCCACACAGUUAGCCCUACAGACCAAGAUCAUAAUUCUGUCGAGGCUGAGAUUGCUUCCGGCCUUGGUGAAACCCUGGCUUCAGGCACUCGAGGCACACCCUGGCGUCUAUCCUCUGGGAAGUUUGAUGGCCAGGUGCGAACACUGGCAUUUGCGAAUUUCAGUGAGGAGCUUGUGGUGCUUGGUGCAGGUCCUGCUGAUGGGGAGGUUAUCCAUUUGACUGUAGACUACAGCAAGAAGCCGGUGACAGUUGAUCCGAUUUACCGCCGGCAGCUUGGUCAGCGCCUCUGCGCAGUUGGUUUUUUCCUUGAACGGAAGUUUGGCUGCCCACAGGAUGUGGAAGGAUGUGUUGUUGGGAAAGACAUCUACAUAGUCCAGACACGCCCACAGCCCCAGUAAAAAGAGCACUUCUGAGCCAGUGCUCUCCUUUUCAGGCACUAUUGAUCUUCACGAAUGUAAGCGGUAGCUGCCAAAUAAAUCCACACUUUGUAGAAGCUACACGUGUGAUCUAAGGUGACACGGUAAAAAUAUGGCUUUUGUAAGCUGCUUGUUGAUAGUUCAGACAUGCAUAAGGCUCAGAAAAUGCAUAAUAAAAAUAGUAAAAAUAAUGAGUUGAAUAUUUCUAUGAAAACGCAUAAUAAAAAUAAUAGCCUUCCUUCUUUUC